ACAAAUGAGUUUUUUGGGGGAACAGUGGAGGAACAAGAUGGCUGUCCCGGGACAAGAAAAGUAUCUUUCUUUUUUCACGUAAACACGGCAUUUUAACGCGGCGACAACUUAAAUGCCAGUAGCUGAUUCACCAACAACUUUAACCGCUUUAAAGGCUUCGCUUUAUAACAAAAGACAUCGUUUUAAGACGGAAUUUGAUGUUUAAUUAAAGGAAAAUACUUUCUUUUUUUUUUGGCUACUGCAGCAUCUGGUUAUGAGGAGCAGGAAAUCUUUACUGAACUGUUUCUGUUGUGACUUUUACUCGAACUGUAACAUUUUAAGUUUCCAGGUCGUUAACUUUGACUAACUUUCUGAAUCUGGUGGAUUUUGUUUCUCCUAACGUAACAGUUGAGGAUUCACCGAAGUGCACCGCUAUCGAAAUGCUAUGACGACAUAGACGUUUUAUUUUUUUCUAUAUAGACGUUUUCGCCUUUUUUUUUGUAACUUUUUAUAGAUGCCCCGCACCAGAUAAAGCUACUAACUAACCAUGAGUUCGUCUCGAGUCAGACCCCAGCAGCUGCCCCACAGCCAGGCCGGCAGGCAGCCGCACAGACUGGACUCCAGCGAGGGCAUAGAGAUGGAGAACAUCCAGCAUCAGGACGGGAGGCUCGGAGGGGUCGCAGGGACCCCGUCCCCUCCGUCGAGACAGGCAUGGAGCCGGGACAACCCGGGGUUUGAGCCCGAGGACGAGAUUAUGGAAGCCGACUGGCCUCAAGCGAGUCCCGGGAGGAGGUCUGUGUCCACGGCCUCCAGCAGCAGCUGCAGCAGCGGCCUGGGCGGCUACACCCGCGGGGGCAGCAGCACCCACAUCCCCCGAGGAGGACUCUAUCCCACCCCGACGCUGGAUGCCCAGCAGCAGGACAGGCAUGAUCACACCGGCUGUAUGAAGCAGAUACUGCAGAAAAUCAGAAUCCUGUGGGGCACAGAGCUGAUGGAGGACAGUGACAGCAGUCGGGAAAGGUACCUCAGGAACGUGCUGAGGGAGAUGCUCACAUAUAUCGCAUUCCUCAUCACUCUUUGUAUCUUGACCUAUGGGAUGGUGAGCGCCAACAUGUACUACUACACCAAAGUCAUGUCUCAGCUUUUCCUGGACACGCCGCUGUCUGUCGGGGACCCGUCUACUUUUAGGAGCCUGUCAACGAUGGAGGACUUCUGGGAGUUCACAGAAGGGCCCUUCCUCAGCGGCAUGUACUGGGAGGUGUGGUACAACAACAAGAGCCUUCCAGAGAAUCAGAGUCUCAUCUACUACGAGAACCUCCUCCUCGGGGUCCCGAGGCUCCGGCAGGUCAAAGUGCGCAACGAGUCCUGCUCCGUCCAUGAAGAUCUGAGGGACGAGGUCCAGGACUGCUACAACAUGUACACCCCAACCAACGAGGACACCGCCCCGUUUGGCCCCAGGAACGGAACCGCGUGGGUGUACACCACAGAGAGUGAGAUGAACGGCAGCAGUUACUGGGGUCAGGUGUCUAAAUACGGAGGUGGAGGGUACUACCAAGACUUAUCUCGUACCAGAGAGGAGUCGGCCGUCCAGCUGCAGCUUCUCAAAGAAAACUUGUGGCUGGACAGAGGCACUAGAGCGGUCUUCCUCGACUUCUCUGUCUACAACGGGAACAUAAACCUCUUCUGCAUCGCCAGGUUGUUGGUGGAGUUUCCUGCAACUGGUGGGGUGGUGACGUCCUGGCAGUUCCAAACAGUCCGUCUGAUAAGAUACGUGACCAGCUGGGACUACUUUGUGGGCGUGUGUGAAGUGGCGUUCUGCCUGUUCAUCCUCUACUACGUGGUGGAGGAAGUGUUGGAGAUCCACAUCCACCGGCUGCAUUACUUCAAGAGCCUGUGGAAUUGUCUGGACGUUUUCAUUGUGGCGUUGAGUGUCGUUGCCAUUAUCAUGAACAUAACACGAACAGCCAUGGUUGGAAACCUGCUUAAAGGCUUGUUGGAGAACCACACUACUCACCCCAGCUUUGAGUCUUUGGCCAGUCUGCAGGUCCAGUUUAACAACAUGGCUGCAGUGAUCGUCUUCUUUUCUUGGGUCAAGCUUUUUAAAUUCAUCAACUUCAACAAGACCAUGAGUCAGCUGUCCAGCACCAUGUCCCGAUGUGCCAAGGACCUUGUCGGUUUUGCCAUCAUGUUCUUCAUUAUCUUCCUGGCGUAUGCUCAGUUGGCCUACUUGGUGUUUGGAACUCAAGUCAACGAUUUCAGCACUUUCCAAGCCAGCAUAUUUUCCCAGUUCCGUAUCAUCCUGGGAGAUUUUAACUUCUCAGAGAUCGAGGAGGCAAAUCCUGUGCUCGGACCGAUCUACUUCACAACCUUCGUCGUGUUCAUUUUCUUCAUCCUCAUGAAUAUGUUCCUGGCCAUCAUCAACGACACAUACUCUGAGGUGAAGGCCGACAUGUCCCAGCAGAGGUCUGAGAUGGAAAUGACUGACCUCAUUAAGAAGGGCUGCAACAAAGCUUUGAUGAAGCUGAGGCUGAAGAAGACGGCCGUGGACGAUAUCUCCGACAGUCUGCGUCAAGCCGGUGGGAAACUGAACUUUGACGAACUCCGUCAGGAUCUUAAAGGGAAGGGCCACACAGAAGCAGAGAUUCAGGCCAUCUUUGCCAAGUACGAUCAGGAUGGCGACCAGGAGCUGACCGAGCACGAUCACCAGCAAAUGAGAGACGACUUGGAGAAAGAGAGAGAGGACUUGGAACUGGAGCGCAAUUCGCUAACUCGACCCAGCAGUGGGCGGAGCUUCCCCCGUACCCAGGACGACUCGGAGGAGGACGACGAUGAGGACAGCGGUCACAGUUCUCGGCGCCGUGGGAGCAGCUCGGGUGGCGUUUCCUAUGAGGAGUUUCAGAUGCACGUGAGACGUCUGGACAGGAUGGAGCACUCUAUUGGCAGCAUAGUUUCCAAGAUAGAUGCUGUGAUCGUAAAGCUGGAAGUCAUGGAGAAAGCCAAACUUAAAAGGAGAGAAGUCCUGGGCAGGCUGCUGGACGGAGUCAUGGAGGAUGAGCGUCUGGGACGCGACACAGACCCCCAGAGUGAGCAGACCGACAGGCUUGUAAGGGAGGAGCUGGAGUUAUUGCAGUCCGACGACAUGAUCUCAGAGGUCAGCCAUCCACAGCCGGUCACUCCUGUCGGCCCCCGGCCCCGUCCCCCCUCGUCCCUGUCCACAGACGGCCUCGACUCAAGCACAAAUGGGAGCAGCCACGUGUGAAGACUUGGCCAGCUCAAGAAUAUUCCACUGCGGAAAGAAACUCAUCCGUAGCCGAACGUACAAGUAACUUAAGAUGUGGGUCAGUUUUUGCAAAACAAAAUACUUAUUGAAGAUGUUUAAAUGCAGAUGUUUUACAUGAGAAGGGACAAAGUCAAAUGCAGCUCACCUCAAAUACUUAACUGCACUGAAAGUGAGUGAGGUUCUCACCUGAAAGUGUCUUAAAUCUGUCUAAAUCAAGAAAUACUCUGAAAGAUGAUCAGGGGCAACAUGAGAUAUACAUGAGUUUGAAGAAUAAUGAAGGAUUUACACUACAGCAGCACAUGAACAGUAUUAAAAACAUACACAAACCAGCCUGCAAGCUUAUUCAGUGUUACUCACAAUCCAGCCUAUGAUUUUAAAAUGACAUAAGAAAUACGCUCGCCUGCUUCUGAUCACUGUAUCCACACAUCUUAGCAUUUACACAAAUACUCAGCAGGCAUUACUCUGAAUGUUAAUUUCGCUGAUCAUGUUAAUAUUCCAUAGGUACAAGCGUGGCGCGUUCUGUCAUACAUACUCGUCUUGUGUACGUCGAUUAAGCUUCGAAUGAACUAGCUUAUCACUUUAUGAUACAUAUUGUAACUUGAAACAAACUUCGAUUUGGAGUGCAUCUAGUGUUCAUGGGAAACCCGUGCAUUUAUUAUUUUUUUUCCCUGUGCCUUUUGUUUUUUACAAUCUAUUUCUGUUUGUUGGACCAAAUAAAGUGUUAUUAAAAUA